AUGGAACCAUCUCGACCUCGAUCCAGCGGGGGCCAGCCGCCCGAAGAAGAGAGGCUAGCCAAAUUGCUUCGUCCUGCUGGUGUGAGCUCUUCAUCCGGACCAUUAGAUGAUAGUGUGUUCGACCAGAUUGCUCUAGAAAUGAAAGUUGUUGGCCUACCGAAAGAAUGGGUUAGCCGUCCAAGGACGCACUUUAUUCUGCAUCAAAUCAAGAGGACCAAGUUGAUGGGAAUGUUCAUCUUCCAAGGCUACGAUGAUACCUGCAUCCCUUAUGCCAACCGAAGCGCAUUACCCCAAACGGAAUCUCAAAGCUUGAAUCCAUUCGAAGCAAAGGCAUUCCUGGAAUGGCAAAGUGUCUGCAAAAGUCCACGGCUUCAACUGGAAAAGGGAAAUCACUGCAAGAUCGAUGACGGUGACAUCUUGUUUGAAAAUUCACCACGGCCACGAAUACUUGGGAACGGAAGCGAAAUGAGAACAGUUGUCGACGAGGUCAUAAGCAAAACCACAGGCAGAGUCUAUGCGCGAAAGCGAAUUACACGCAGAAAGCUGCCCCGAGAGGCACAAAAGGCAUUUGAGAGCGAACUUCGAGCCUUGACAAAGGUCAAGAACCACGAGCACCUCAUCCAAGUUUGCGGUAUGUAUACCGACAAGAAGUACUUUGCUCUACUGUUAGAGCCGGUAGCCGAUCGCACUUUGAAACAGUACCUAUCUUCUGGCCACCCUAAAACUCAAACGGAACGAAGCAUCCUUUGCACAUACUUUGGAUGCAUGGCAAAAGUGAUGGAUUUCCUUCAUGAGUCCGAAAUGAUCUUACACAAAGACAUUAAGCUAGAAAACUUUCUGCUCAAAAACGGCCGGCUGAUCCUGACUGACUUUGGAACCGCCUUCGAUUUUUCUGAGACUGGUCACAGUAUGACCAUGGCUAAUCGCGAUGACGCGAGAACACAUCGCUACAGCAGUCCAGAAGUAGCCAAUGAGGGCAGAUUCCAUCGAGCAUCUGAUAUCUGGUCCCUCGGAGUGGUCUAUUUGGAGAUGACAACAGUCCUGCACGGCAAGAAAUUGGCAGAGUUUGACCUCUACCUAAACAGUCAUGGAACAAGGUCCACUCGUGUUCAUGCUAAUAGGGAAGCUGUUCUAGGAUGGUUUCAAGAACUGAAAUCCCAGACCUUUACACCAGCCGACAACGAGCCUCUGGCUUGGGUUCAAAGAAUGCUUGAGCGAGCCAUGGACAGCAGACCCACAGCCGUAGAGCUGUAUCUAACCGUUCGCUCCUCUCAGAAUGGGAGGUUUUGCGGAUCAUGCUGCCUCGAGCAGGAGUCGGAGACUGAAUCGGAAAGCUCGCAGUCGCCAUUCGCCAAGUGA